AGCCCGCUAGAUCACUUGUUGUUGUGAAGAAAUGGUCAUGAAGGGGAUUGCGGUGUGCCUGGCCCUUGCAGCAUUGGCCAUGGUUGACCAAUGUAAUGCGCAAUGGGACGGCAGCAAGCCUGCUUACAAUCCACCACCGAGAUUCCAGAAGCCCGGACCUCCUCCAAAGGUUCAAGCGGCCAAGGGCCCCCAGGAGCCUGUUGUCCAAACCAAGGAGCCAGAACGUCCUAUCGUUUGGACAUACCCCGUGGAUCCUGUUGAUCCACCCAAGCCCGAGGCCCCCUUUGUGCCGAGACCCCCAGUCGUGACCAACCAGGUUGCGAUCAACUGCAGAGAGUCAGACAUUCAAGUACGAGUGAAGACGGCCUUCUUUGGCGGCGGCGAACUGAAGAGCCCCAACGAACUCACCCUGGGAUCCUGCCAAGCAGUCGGAUUUGACGAAAGCAUGCAAACGCUGAUCUUCGAAUCUGACCUGCAAGCGUGUGGAAGCAAUCUGAGGACGUAUGACGACUACCUCAUAUACUCCUUCAUGCUGAGCUACAACCCCCAAGCCACUGGAACGACUGUUGUCGUCAGGGCCAUCACUAUUUCCAUGUUGUUGGAGUGUCACUAUCCCAGGAGGCAUAACGUGAGCAGUCUGGCCCUGGACCCGAUCUUCACCCCGUUCUCGGCCAUCAAAGUGUCCGAGGAGCUUUUGCACUUCAGUUUUGUACUCAAGACCGAGGACUGGCUGUACGAGCGACCAUCGUAUCAGUACUUCCUCGCAGAUAUGAUAUAUUUGGAGGCCACCGUCAAACAGUUCAUGCACACGCCCCUGCGUGUCUUUGUGGAUCACUGCGUUGCCUCAGCGUCCCCUGGCUCGUCCCCUGAAUACGUCUUCAUUGAAAACUAUGGGUGUUUCGUGGAUGCUCAAAUCACUGGAUCCCCAUCGACGUUCCUGCCCCGUGAAAAUGACGUCACCCUACGGUUCCAGAUGGAGGCGUUCAGAAUGCAAGGGUCCGCCGAGGGCUUGGUCUACCUUACCUGCCACCUGAAAGCAACUUCCGCUGCUGUUCCCAUUGGUGAGCAGAACAGAGCCUGCUCUUGGAUGGGACGUGGAUGGUCUGAGGCGAGCGGAGUCAACGAGGCCUGUGGUUCCUGUGGCCAAGGCGGUGGAUCCGGUGGAUCCGCCGGUGGAUCCGACUUAUCUUAUCCUUCAAGGAAGGGUCGCAGUCUCCCCGCAGCGCAUAGAGAAGUGGUUGAAUGGGAAACUACUAUCACUCUGGAUCCCAUCCGAGUUUUCGAGAGGACAGUUUGAUAGAUCAAGUUCAUGCCCUUGCUAUGAUGAACAUCAAAAUAAACUAUUUCAUUGGUUCA